AUGAUUCCUUCACUUGUCUCUGAUACAUAUUCAGAUACUACUGCCGAUGCAGAUGUUAAUGAAUGUCUAUUAAAAUCAAAAUCGGCUGAAGACGCAACUGCAUCACAAAAUGUUGUACUUGAUAAUGUCAAUCCAACAAGUAACGAGGAUGAUCUUGAUUGUGUUAAAAUAGAAAAACGAUCAAUUUUACACACACAAUUAAGAAAAUUAGGUAUUCAAAUUGAAUAUGCAGGAAUAGCAAUUGUUAUUUUAACUGUACUUGUUCUAUUGGUUUCAUUUUCAAUUGAACAAGUGAUUCAACAACAUGAAUGGGGUUAUAAAUACUGGACUCGAAUUGUACGAUAUUUAAUCACUUGUAUAAUAGUAUUCGUCCUUGCUGUACCUGUAGAUUUAUCAUCAGCUAUAACAUUAUCAUUAACAUAUGUGGCUAAAAAAAUGUUGAGUGAUAAUAAUUUAGUUCGUCAUUUGGAUGCAUAUGAAACAAUU